GCUGCAGGAUCCGUUUGCAGACGGGGGUGACCCAGCGUUUGCCAGACGGAACUCCAUGACCCCCAACAGCUACCAGCCUGGGAUGGGUGGUCCGGAGAUGAUGGGUCAUAUGGGGCCCUACGAAUCCAACAAGGACCCCUUUGGUGGCAUGAGGAAAGCUGGAGAGCAAUUCAUGACUCCAGGGCCGGGUCCUAACAGUGGUAUGGAGGGGCAGUUCAACAGAGGCCCCCCAGGGCCCAUGGGCCCCAACAUGCAGAUGGGUCCGAGACAACAGUACCCCUACGGACCUGGAUAUGACAGGAGACAGGAGCCAGGGAUGGGUCCUGACGGCAGUAUGGGUCCUGGGGCCCCCCAGCCCAACCUGAUGCCUUCAGGGGCCGACUCGGGGAUGUACUCCCCUAGCCGACCCCCACCGCAGCAACGUCAUGAUUCCUAUGGUAAUCAAUAUCCUGGUCAAGGAGCGCCACCUGGUGGCCCCUACCCCAAUCAGCAGCCAGGAAUGUUUCCACAGCAACAACCCAACUACAAGCGUCCUCCAGUGGACGGGGGCUACGGUCCCCCAGCGAAGCGUCAYGAGGGGGAUGGGAUGUACAAUGUCCCCUUCAGCGGUCAGCAGCAGCCAGGRCCCCAGCCCUCCGGGGGCCCCCAGGGCCAACAAGACAUGUACAAUCAGUACAACGCAGGCUACCCCGGCUCUGACCGCCGACCACCUGGCCCCCAGGGCCAGUUCCCUUUCCCCUUCGGCCGAGACCGGGGGCCCUCCAGCGGGGGCCCCAACUCCCAGUCCCCCAUGCCUCCCCAAAUGAUGGGCAGCCCUAUGCAGGCAGCCUCUGACGGCCCCCAGGGCCCCAUGUGGCAGGGACGCAACGAGAUGGGUUACCCCAACUACCCCAACCGCCAGGGGCCUCCAGGACCUGGCCAGGGCCCCCCCCAGGGCUACCACGGCAUGAACCGCUCUGAGGAGAUGAUGCCAGGGGCUGACCAGCGGAUGAACCAUGAGGGCCAGUGGCCUGGACACCCCAGCCAGAGACAGUCCCCCUACGGGCCGGGGGGCUCGGGCCCCCCCAUGUCCAGACCCCUGCAAUCCAACUAUCAGAGCUCCCAGAACCAUAUUUCCCAGGUGUCCAGCCCCGCCCCCAUGCCCCGCCCCAUGGAGAGCCGGACGUCCCCCUCCAAGUCGCCCUACAUGCACUCAGGCAUCAAGAUGCAGAAGGCGGGGCCCCCCGUGCCCGCGUCCCACAUAGGCCAGGCCCCCGUGCAGCCCCCCCUCAUCAGGCGGGACAUAGCCUUCCCCCCAGGGUCGGUGGAGGCCUCCCAACCYAUCCUCAAACCCCGAGUACGACUCACCAUGAAAGACAUCGGCACCCCAGAGGCCUGGAGAGUGAUGAUGUCACUGAAGUCAGGCUUACUAGCAGAGAGCACGUGGGCCUUGGACACCAUUAAUAUCCUACUCUACGAUGACAACAGCAUUUCUACUUUCAACCUCUGCCAGCUGCCUGGGUUCCUGGAGCUGGUAGUGGAGUAUUUCAGACGCUGCCUCAUCGAGAUCUUCUGCAUUCUAAAGGAGUAUGAGGUGGGAGACCCUGGCCAGCGGACGCUCAUCGACCCGCAUGCUGCCGACGAAGAAUGCUCUGACGAAGAGCUUCCCGAGCAGGAGGACAUGGAGGAGGAAGAGGACGAAGAGGAGGAGGACGAGAGGAAGAGCAACGCAGACACCACCUCGUCGCAGCAGGUCCAGGUGAAAAAGGAGGAGGAAGAGGAGAAAUCCACGACUGAGAAGUCGACAGCGGAGGAGGAGAAGGAGAGGGAAGGAGGGGAGUCUGCUUCCACCUCCUCGGCCCCCCAGAACCUCAGCCUCCUACAGGAGAAACCCAAACAGGCCAGUAAGUUCGACAAGCUGCCCAUCAAGAUGGUGCGUAAGAAAGAUCCCUUCCCUGGGGGCCGUUCCAGUAAGCUAGGCCGGCGGCAGAGCUUUGACAGCGGACUAAUCCACUGGAGCAUCGGCGGGGGGGACACCACGGAACACAUCCAGACUCACUUCGAGAGCCGGUCCGACCUCCAUAAGCAGCGGAAGCGGGUGCUGCCAUCAGCCACCGAGAGUAGAAAGGUCRCCAUGCCCGCGACGGUGUCAGAGGAACCAGAGAAGACUACUAAGCCUGGCAAGGAAGAGCAGACCACCUCCCCUGCAGAGAAGACCUCCACCCCAACCACGCCCGCCCCGGUCACCGCCACCAUCGACGACGUCCUGUCGGCCCGGCCGGGCUCUGUGACGGAGGAGGCGGUGCGAGGAGCAGCCGAGGAGCAGAAGGAGAACAGGGGGAAGUUCCUGUUCUCCAUCCGUCAGGCGCAGCAGAGCCGACGCAACGUCACCAUCCUGGAGGACGAGCCUCACAGCAAGGACGAGACCCCGCUGAGCACGCUGUCGGACUGGCAGGAUGCCCUGGCCCGCCGCUGUGUCUGCGUCUCCAACAUCGUCCGCUCGCUGUCUUUCAUCCCCGGCAACGACCUGGAGAUGUCCAAACACCCAGGGCUGCUGCUGCUGCUGGGCCGUCUGGUCCUGCUCCACCACCGUCACCCAGAGAGGAAACAGGCCCCCGUCACCUACGAGAAGGAGGAGGACGAGGACGAGAGGGUGAGCUGUGAGAGGGACGAGUGGUGGUGGGACUGUCUGGAGGUCCUCAGGGAGAACUGCCUGGUCACUCUGGCUAACAUCUCCGGCCAGUUGGACUUGUCCAUCUACCCAGAGAGCAUCUGUCUGCCCCUGCUGGACGGCCUGCUUCAUUGGGCUGUUUGUCCUUCGGCCGAGGCCCUGGACCCUUUCCCCAUGCUGGGGCCCCAUGGGGCCCUAUCCCCCCAGAGACUGGUGCUGGAGACCCUCAGCAAGCUGAGCAUCCAGGACAACAACGUGGACCUUAUCCUGGCCACGCCGCCGUUCAGCCGGCUGGAGAAGCUGUACGGGACGCUGGUGCGCCUGGUUGGGGAGAGGAAGGUGGCUGUCUGCAGGGAGAUGUCUGUGGUCUUACUGGCCAACCUGGCCCAGGGAGACAGCAUGGCGGCCAGGGCCAUCGCCGUGCAGAAGGCCAGCGUAGGUAACCUCCUGGGCUUCCUGGAGGACAGUCUAGCAGCCACGCAGUACCAGCAGAGCCAGAGUUCCAUGAUGCACCUACAGGGGGCGCACUUUGAGCCCACUAGCGUGGACAUGAUGCGGCGAGCGGCCCGCGCCCUGCAUGCCAUGGCUAAGGUGGAGGAGAACCACUCAGAGUUCACCCUGUAUGAGUCCCGCCUACUGGACAUCUCUGUCUCACCACUCAUGAACUCUCUGGUGUCCCAUGUGAUCUGUGACGUACUCUUUCUGAUUGGCCAGUCAUGACAGCAGUGGGGGCUUCAGCUUCGCUUUCUCUUUCUGUUCCCCCGCCCUGUUCUCCCCCCCCCCUUUCUUUUUGUGUGUGUCUGUUGAGUGUGAGUGGAAGAGAGAACUAAGAGCAAAACUGACUGUCCUUUUUUUAAUUUAUGCAAAAUCACCUCGGAUUCCACUGUCUACCCUUUCUACCCCCUGGUUCUCACUAAAGGACGGAUUUACUGAAGUAGCGGUGGAGUUAAACAUUCUGGAACACGGAAACCGACGUGAUAAGACAGAUUAGAUGGGACCCUGGGAUGGAUGGMGGGUCGGGAAGGAGGGAGGGAUGGAGCUGCCCUGCGGCAAACAACUUUUUUAAUGAAAAUAUAGAAGAAAGCAUAACUGUAACCAAAAUUGCUGUCUCGUUUCUAGUGAGUUUUGGGGUAUAUACCCAGGUUCUCCUCCCUUGGGUUUGGCAGGGGGGYGAGCAAGGCGGGCAUGGAUGGGGAAAACCUGUUUUUAGUUCAUGUACGGUGAAACAGACUCCUGGACUGGUUUGGUAUACUGCUGUAACUUGCUAUAUACUCAGCCCUACACGGCCCAGGUUAUCAGCUGUGAACAGACAGACACGUCUUCAAUGGGGAGGCCUGUGCAGUAGAUUGUAGGACUUUUUUUCUGUACUGUACACCUUAAAAACAACUGUAAACAUACUGUAAUAACACUGAGAUACGCUGGCUUGGCAGCAAACUGUAGUUUUUCAAAAUGAUUUUAGUUAAAUGUUGAACUGAKAGAGAUGACAAAAGGCUUUCCCCCCAAAGUAUCGUGAACCUUACAACACCCCGACCUCUUCUCUGUCCCUCGAUUGUAUGACUUGACCCUUAUAAAAGAAGUCACCUCUUAGGACUGCUCCUCUGCUCUAGAGGCAGUCCCGACUGCAGUGUAUAUAUGAUGUUGUACAUUACACCUCUCUCCCUUUCUCUCAAACCCUUCUGUUGCGCUUCACCAUUUUUAAUCUUCGAUGAAUUAAGGUUACACUCAAGUGAAAUUUCGCCAUGGGAUUACCUAACCUUUUUACCCCUCACCCCCGACCCCACCCGCCUGUCUCUCGCUACAGGGACUCCGCUGCUGUGACUCCCUCGCAAUGCCGCCCCCCCCCCACCCCACACACACACACCCCUGCGACACACACAGAUGAAGUUUAAAUUUGUCUCCGGUACCCCUGAGUCUAACAUGACUGAAACCAUGUCUGCUACGGUUCCAUUUCAGCUCCUACAUCAACAACAAAGCAAGACCCCUGAUGAAGAAAUAAACCGUUUGAGUUUUGUUUUUCCAGUGAUAUGGAUUCUGCAUAUUUGUAUUUCAGACGAUGUAGCUGAAUACUUGAUGUAAAUUCCAAUUUUUYCCCUUUUUUUGGCUUAAUGAAUAUAAUUUCUUCAGUAUGAAAUCUUUAUACUAUAUGUUCCAUGUGUUAAGAAUAAAUGUACAUUAAAUCUUCGUAAGACGUUUGAUGGAUUUAUUUAUUAUGGGCUUUUGAACGCGUCUGUUAUUUGUGGACCUGCAGUCAUACACCAAGGGUGUAUUCACAAGGAACCAAACGGACACAAACGGGCUGAACCCAGGCAGGAACUAGCUGAACUGAAACACUCGUUCUGGUUGCUAAAUGUUUUGCUACAGUGUGCCACACAUCUUUUGGAUGUAGUCAAGUCGAUACAUAUAUUCUUACAAUGCAACUGAUUUCUACUACAUGUAUAGGACAUAUUCUCCUAGAGGUGGCUGACAGUGUUAUGAUAUUGAGCAUACAACUGUACAUACAGUAAGUGUUAUUUGCCUUCAACUCGAAGGCUUUGUUAGCUACCUCAAAUCUGGGCCAUUCAGGUUUGAGUACCAUAGAGCAUGCAUUGCUUAAAUGUCGAUUCGGCUAAAUUAUUUUGCCACAAGCAGCACCGGAGAUAUUGGGCUCGUUUUUGAGCAAGAUGAAAGUUGAGUAGUGAAGUCGAGGGAGGUGCAUCUGCGACAGCCGGAAGUAGGACACUCCUGGUUUUUCCAACAGCAGGACAGUGCAACAUGGCAGUGUUGCCAUUGUUUAAAAGUUCUUUAUAAUGUUGAAAUAAACAUGUUUCCACAUAUCA